AUGGCCCCUGGAGACAGUAAAGCCAAUAACAAGCAAGGAAAAUCGGCAAUUGAAAGUCGGUCAUCUAAGGACCAGAAUGCCCGUGUACCAAGUGGAAGAGGUGUGAUCCUGGAGCGGAAGAAAAAGCUACGGCAACGCAGAUCAGAUAGGGUCAACGAACAGUCAAGCCAAGAGAAAGAGCUUGCAAAGCUUAAAAGGAAGAUUGAAAAUGUCGAAGCUCAAAUCAAGCAAGCAAUGGACGAUGGAAAACGAAGCGAGAUGGAAACCUUAAUGAAAGACCUACUUUCUGAGCGCAUGAAGAAAGAAAGUGAAUUAAAGACGAUUGAAGCAGAUCUUAUGGAGAUUGACUCCGAUAUUAAUCAACUUGAAAGAGGUGAACCAGACAAAGUGGUGGACAGUAAUAUCCAGCAAGAGACAGGAGAAAGCGAAGCAACAGAUACACCAGAACAUCAAAGCGAAAUAGCAGGGAAUAGUAAUCCAGGGAUUGUUCAGCAAACUAAAGACACCGGAACAACCGUUACAGAAAUUCCUACCAAAGAGUCAAAUAUGCAUAGCGCAGACGACAAUAAAGGCAACGAUGUCAACGAUGUCAACGAGGUCAACGAGGUCAACGAUGUCAACGAGAUCAACGAGGUCAACGAAUUAUUUGCCUCUCAAACGCAACCUUUGGACAGCAAACGGUCCCCCAAUACGGAAUCAGUCCAAGAGCAGCCAUUGAAUAACCAAAAUAACAAACUGCCCUCGGAUGGAGAAACGGGACGACGUCCAAAGGACUUCGCGGACUUUAUCUAUGAUCUCACACAAGAUGACGACUCUCCUAGCUUUUCCUUAGAAGAUGGAACAGUUCUGCUGAAGGCACGAGGUGGAAAACUUUCUCUCAAUUCGUAUGGGCCAAGAAAUAGCCCUAUGUUUAUCUGGAGUACAAGUCCAGCUUCCUAUAGAGUGAAGAAAGUGACAAACCUGCUUGGAAAGCCCCACAAACAAGCCAUGGAAAGAGACGACGAAACUGAUUCACUCGUUUAUAAGGGUAAAAUCGGCCCUAUCAAAGCAGUCGCUUGGCUACCUAGAAAUGGUGGGGAUUCCAUGCUUGGUCUACUGGAUUCUGUGGAGGAGCUUAACCCCUCCAAUAAAGAAAGAGACUCCAAUUACAGAUAUCCAUUCAGCACCGUACUAGUAGACCUGGAAGGAGGAGAGGAACAAAUGCAGUCAGUUUGGAUCGACCGUUCAAAAUACAAAUCGCUAAGUAGCGCGGGGAAAGACUCAAGUAAACGGACAGACAGGAAAUUCUAUGAGAAGGCAUGCACCCAAGUGAAGAAUUUUCGGGACUGGGCUGGAAAAGCCUUGGAUAUUGACUGGAAGGGAAAAGCACGGGAAGGUAGAGAUGAUCGAAGCCCCACUCCGUUAGAAGAAACGCCAGAGCCAGAAGAUAUCGCCCAAAAUACCCCAAGAAAGAAAAUUCUGGCACAGGCCGCAUCAAGCCCAGCCGAUUCAAGCCCAGCCACAUCAAGCCCAGCCACAUCAAGUCUAGCCACAUCACACAUAAGCGACUCAAACCAGGCUUCUGUGAAAUCAAACGAUAUAAGUGGAGAAAAAUCGUCUUUGCCACGGAAUAGCAAGCCAACGACUUCAGAGGGGGAUGAUGAGGAGGAUCGAGCAGUGAUAAGUGAAUUCUAUGAAGCAUUACUAGAAAAGUGGGGGGUUGACUCUACAAUCCCAUGGAAAGAACUCUCUGAUACACUGUUUGCACAAUUCCAAGCUGCCGCCAAGAUAUAUAUCAGAGACUUGAAAAAGCAGAAUAUGAGAGUUGAGGAUGACAUGAACUUCGGAAGGGCCUUUAAAAAAGGAACCUUUUAUACCCCAGCUAUCUCAGCUAACUAA